GUUUCCCAGUUUUCCGAACGACUUCCAUUGGUUUACAUUUUGCCAGCCAUCGUGUAUUUGUCACAAAAUCCAGAGAAAACCAAGCAAAAAAUCAAAAUAAUCAGCAAAAUAAUGGAAAAGCGCAUAUCAUAAAGUGAUAUUUGCGUGCUCAAGUGUAAAUUGAAGGAACGCGUGCUGUGGUUGUUCUUUUUCGCAGCCCUCAGAAAGGCCAAAAAUCAAUAGGCGUGUUCAAAUUGUAAACACGGCAAGCCCUCGGACCAGCCUCUUUCGCUUUUUCUCGGCCACUCCAACCCCAAAUCCCCCAGUGAACUGUGACCACCAGCUGCCCGAAGUGAAAAGGCCCAGUCGCUAUCGAAAAACCGCAAAAAUAACCAUUAGCCAGCGAAAUAAUGAUUGCCAACUUGGCAUUGCCUUUCCUGCUGAUGAUCGCGGAAGCAGCAGCCACCGCGGAGCAGGUGGAGUACCUGGAGUACCUGCAAUCUUCGCCGGCGGAGCAUCGACUCAGCAAGCGCAUGGAUCUGGAGGUGUGCAUAGGCCACUUUGACGUGCAUAAGAACACCAUUAUUCGCACGGGCGAGUCCCAGGCGAUUGGUGGCAAGUACCUCCAGGGCAUCGAGCUGGACACCAUCGAGGAGUGCGAAAGGCUGUGCUGCGAGACGGACGCCUGCGAUGUGUACAUCUUCGAGCGAAAGGCGGGCGGCUAUUGCUAUCUCUUCGAGUGCGGUCCUCCGGAGGAUUUCCGCUGCAAGUUCACCAGGCACGCCAACUACACGAGUGCCGUGCUGAAUCCACAGCCAAAGCCAGUCGGUGAGCUGGUGACCACGCCGCGACCGCAGUUGCCCCACAUUCCCAGCAACAAUGUGUCGCAGCAGGAAUGGGAGCUGAGCAACCUGAAGCUGAAGCCGGAAGCGCGCGACAAGCCCACUGUUUCCACCGCCGCUGUGGUGGCUCCCACAUCGGGAACGGGAACGGGAGUGGGUCUGGGUGUGGGCCAGUCGCCAUCUUACCAGUCUCAAAGUGUUCCCGCUGCGCAUUGUGGACGCUUCCAGUUCACCUGCCACUCCGGCGAGUGCAUCGCGGUGUACAAUGCCUGCGAUGGAAUACCGCAGUGCGAGGAUGGGAGCGACGAGGGACCGGAAUGCAACACCGUGCUGUCGACAGCCAUAAAACCGGCCACUACCAGCAGCAAUUUGGAGCCCGUGAAGCCCAUGGUGUCGCAGUAUGUGCCCGUGCAGAACGUGCAACAGACGCAGCAGGUCGUGUCCCAGCAGAUGCAGCAGCAGCAACAACAGCAACAACAGCAACAGCCGCAGCAGCAACCACAACAUGUUAUUGUUUUGGGUCCACCACCGCCACCGCCGCCUCCACCGCCCAUGGUGAACAAUCGGGAAGAUGCCGCUGCCUGGGCCAACCGCAAGAUGAUUGCCGAAGGGCAGCAGCAGCUGCCACAGCAGCAACAGCAACUGCAGCAGCAGCAACUGCAGCAGCAGCAACAAUCAUCGCAGCCACAGGCGGAGAUCAUCAACACGGACGCACAGAGCCACAUAUUCAGCCACAAAGGCGGCCUCCAGCUGCAGCAGCCGGCAAACGGACAGGGGCCACCGCCGCCGCCACUCCAGGUUCCGGGUCAGAUGGUGGGAGCAGCGCAGGUUCAGGUUCAGGGUCAAUCUCCAACGCUCCAGCUGCCCGGCUAUGAGGCCAAUCAGGCUGUGUACGGGAUGUCACGCACCGGAAUCUACAUGCCACAGCAGCAGGCGCAUGUCCAGGCUCCAGCUGGCCAGCAGCAGCAACAGCAGCAGGUGCAAGCGAGUGUGGUGUGGCCACAGCAGGCUCCAUUAAUUCCGCAACAACAGUCGCCCGUGCAGCAGUCGCAGUCACUGAUGCCGCAGCAAUCUGGUCAUGUCUAUGCCGCUGCUCCGGCCAUCCAAUCUCCGCCAGCUGCGCAGCAAGCCAUGUUGCCCGUUCUAAAUGCAGCACCCGUUGCUGGAAAAAAUCAGGGUCCAGCGGCAGAUGGGGACUACGAUGAUUAUGACGAGGAAACGUACACGGAGGCACCAAAAAAGAAGCAGCACAAGCACAAGAAGGUCAAGACGAAGACGGCCAAGGAUCCCAUUGAACUGGCCCUGGAGCAAAACAAGCUACAACCGGACGGAUCCCUUCCAGCCCUGCCCGUUCCCGCUUCCCCAGUCCACGAGCAGUACAAGAUGAUCCACGACAACCUGGCAUUGGAGUUCCGCGAUCACGACGGUCACUCGGAGCGACCUGGCGGGGCGGUCCUCUCGCUGACCCUAGGCCUGCUGGUCACCGCUGCUCUGGCCAUUCUCAUCGGGUGCAGGAUGCGAACGGUGACGCGGAGGGCACGACGACUGGGCGGCAAGACGCCCUACUCGCAGGAGGCGGACUUCCUGGUCAACGGCAUGUAUCUGUAAGCCGGAUGCCUGUGGAUAAGGUUGGGGGCUAGCCAAGAUUCGUUGUGUUGUUCCACGUGCGGGAAGGCGUGCGGAUACAUAUGUAUUUACGAUUAAUUGUGUAAUAAAAAACGUAUUUUAUAUAAAC